GUAAUCCUCUGAUUGACUUGGUUGAAGCUGAAACUACUUAUCUUAAUACAUUGAAGAUUAUUGAUUCAGUAAGUGUUAUAUACCUUUCUCUCACUCUCCUCUUCCUCUUCUCCUACUUCUUCUCUUUGUACCCCUUUAUCUCCUUUUUUUUUCUUUUAUUUUGUCUAUUCUCGGAUGAACUUAUCACAACUUGUUUCUAUUUCUUUAGCAAAUUGCACCAUUAUGGAUGAAACAAACUUCUCAAGCUGCUCCUGAUUUUACUGAACUGCUAAAACAUGCUCGUGAUUUGGUCAUGGUGAAUAAACAAUUUUGUCAGAAAUUGCAAAAAUUUGCAGGAAAUGCUCAAGCUGCCCAAGAACUUGGAGUAACUCUUAUGCAAUGGGUUGAUGAUAUGGAAAUUCCUUAUGCAAAUUAUUCUAGAAGUUUUAUUCCAAAUCUUAAUCAACGUCAAGAUAUUCUUGCUAAUCGUUCUAUUGAUCAACUUUUGAAGGAUCUUUCACAAUCUGCUUCUUAUGAUAUUUCUCUUGAAUCACUCUUUAAUGCACCUAUUCAACAACUCAAAUACUAUCAUGGCCUUUACAAUAGACUUUUGGAAUCUGCAGAUCCAUCUCGUUCUGAUUUUCAACAUCUCACCAAGGCAACUCGUUCUUUGGAAACUAUUCUAUCCUUGUCUCAAAAAUCUGUUUCCUCCAAAUCUGGUUUACCUGUUUUACCGCCACCUAUUCGUACUCAACCCAAUGAUACUACAUCUUUAUCAAACAAGGUCGCCAAGAAGAAGAAAAGUAUGAUCCGACAAGAAGACUUUUUCUCUUACUAUACUGAAACUGGUGAAGUGUCUCCUUUGGAAAGUUCUGAAGAUGAAGAUGAUUUUGAUGGUUAUGAUUCAACAUUACAAACGAAAAUUCAUGAUAAGGCUACAGAUGAUGAACUUUCUACUAUUCAACCUCGUACUGUCAAGAUCGUGAAUACUACUUUACCUGAUCCCAAAAUCGCUACUACUACUGCUGCUGCUGCUGCUGCUGGUGGAUCUACUGCCUCAGCUUCUGCGGUUAAAAAGGACACUUCGGCUCAAGUACAAAUGACUUUUAUUCAACCUGCUACUGCAAAAAUGGAUCAUAUCGACACUGUCUCUGUCAACAAACAGCAACAACAGCAGCAACAACAACAACAAGCAGUGGAUGUCAAGACAACCUCUCGAUCGGAUACAUCAAACAAUACGAGUCAUGUAGAUACUGUCCGUGCUGCUUUAGCUACUCCUCCUUCUCAAAGAACUCUCUCUCCUUCACCUGGUGAUUCUCCAAGACCUGUUUCCCCACGAGCUGUACAAGUACAACAAGCUGUGACUCCAGUAGCCGCCAUGCAAGCUGUAUCUCAAAAAACACAUGAUUAUUUCUCUUCUUCUCCAAACAAUAUCACCAGUUCGGCUAAACCUCUUCCUUCUCCAAAAGAACAAAAUGAUACUGGAUUUUUUGAACAUUCUACCUCUUCCACAACCCCGGUUACUUUACCUCGUACUUCUUCCAAGCGUGGUACAGCUCAAAAUGUGGAUCCUACCGCUCGAUCAAAUCAGAGAUCUAAUCCUCCUGCAAAGUCUAUGAAUAGUCAACCUCCUGUGAUUACUCGUCCUUUUGCUCCUGUUCAAAACCCUGGUGUUCAACCUACCAACGGUGGUCAACCUCGUCCUAUGAUGAAUAACAUGUACAACCAAGCACCUCCUCCUCAACAUCAUCAAGGUUACUCUCACCAACCUAUCCCAUUGUUACGAUCAUCAUCUCAUAAUUCUACUGAACAACAAGGUUAUGGUAUGCAUUCUAUGCCACCGCGUAUGAACUCCAAUGGACCUCACCCUGUUCCUAGUCGAUCUACUGGUACAACCACAUCUAUGCAUCAUUAUCAACAGCAACGUCCUCCUCUACCACCUCAACAAAUAAGUGCACGACCACCUCCUAUGCAUUCACCUACAUACCAGCAACCUCGUACUCCACCUCCAACAGAUGAUCAACAAAAUGGUGUGCGUCAAGUUCUUUACAGUAACAAUCAAUGCGAAGUAUUUCAUUGGAAGGAUCAAUCUUGGUAUGCAGUAGAUGGACAGUGUACACUUCAAGUGCGCCUAACAUAUGGAGGUCGUUCCUGUUUGGCUGUACAGCUUCAACCCUCUGGACAAUUGUAUUUGAACGCAUGGAUUUUACCUAGUAUGUCACUCAGUCAACCUUCAGCAACAGAUGUUAGUGUCUCAGUGACCAUGAUGGCAAGGCAAGAAAAUUACUUGGUUCAUUUUAGACAUCCAGCAGACGCAUCGAACCUUUUCGCUAUGUUACAACGUAUGCAUCAUGAAUCAUCACAAUCAUCUACACCAUCACCAACACAUCAUCAAAAGCCCAGAAUGGCUCGACAAGAUACUGUUGCAGUAGAAUUACGUGAUGAUACUCCUUCCGUAGAAGAUGUACCUCAAACACUCAAGCCGGUCUUCCAGUGCAAGUGCAAACUGUUUGUACAAAGUGAAACAUCGAAAUGGAAUCCUAUGGGUAGUACUGCUAUGCGAAUAUCUCAACAAUUGCCUAGUCAAAAGAUGCAUAUUUAUAUUGAAGAUGAUAAGAACAAGUUGAUUAGCUCCAUUGUACGAAGUGGCAAUGUGGAACGGUUGACAAACAAACGAAUUACUUUCUUAUUGACCAAUGAACAAGAUAAAUCUAGUGUAGUCUAUUUGAUUCAAGUCAAGGAUGAACAAACUGGUAACAAGUUAUAUGAUUACUUGAAAACUCAGAAUGCUGCUCAAGGAUGGUGAUUCCUUUUUUUUUUUUUUUUGUUAUCAAGACUCUCUCUUAUCUUUAUUGGAUGGAUUAGAAUAGAAACUGUUACAUAUAUAUAUAGUU